CUCUCUCUCUCUCUCUCUCUCAACUCCCUCUCCCCCUUCUCCCUCCUCCUUUCCUUCUUCCUUUCCUCCCUUCCUCCCUCCCAACCUCCAACCUCCGCUCUCUCCCUCUCAGAGCUCCAGCGCUCCCUCCCCUCCCGCGCUCCCUCCCUCCCUCCUCGCUCCCUCUCCUCUCUCGCUAUAGAGGGCUCCCACAGCACUUCCCAGCCAGUGUGUUCAGCCUGCCUGCCUGCCUGCCUCCGUGUGUGUGUGUGAGCGUGUGUGCGUGCGUCUACUUUGUACUGUGAAGAACACAGCCCAUGUGCUCUGCAUGGACGUUCCUGAUACUCUGUUAAGCUUGAUUUUCGACAAGCAGGCAAGAUGUCCAGCACACCACAUGACCCCUUCUAUUCUUCUCCUUUCGGCCCAUUUUAUAGGAGACAUACACCAUACAUGGUACAGCCAGAGUACCGAAUCUACGAGAUGAACAAGAGACUGCAGUCUCGCACAGAGGACAGCGACAACCUCUGGUGGGAUGCCUUUGCCACGGAAUUUUUCGAAGAUGAUGCCACAUUAACUCUUUCAUUUUGUUUGGAAGAUGGACCAAAGCGAUACACUAUCGGCAGGACACUCAUCCCCCGUUAUUUUAGCACCGUGUUCGAAGGAGGGGUGACUGACCUGUAUUACAUCCUCAAACACUCAAAGGAGUCUUACCACAACUCAUCCAUCACGGUAGACUGCGACCAGUGUGCCAUGGUCACACAACACGGGAAGCCCAUGUUCACCAAGGUAUGCACAGAAGGCAGGCUGAUCUUGGAGUUCACGUUUGAUGACCUCAUGAGAAUAAAAACGUGGCACUUUACCAUCAGACAGUACAGGGAGCUGGUCCCCAGAAGCAUACUAGCCAUGCACGCACAAGAUCCUCAGGUCCUGGAUCAGCUGUCCAAAAAUAUUACCAGGAUGGGUCUAACAAACUUCACCCUCAACUACCUCAGGUUGUGUGUAAUACUGGAGCCAAUGCAGGAACUGAUGUCAAGACACAAAACCUACAACCUCAGUCCCAGAGACUGCCUGAAGACCUGCCUGUUUCAGAAGUGGCAGCGGAUGGUGGCACCGCCAGAACCCACAAGGCAACCGACAACCAAAAGGAGAAAAAGAAAAAACUCCACCAGCAGCACCUCGAACAGCAGCGCUGGGAAUACCACCAACAGUGCGGGCAGCAAGAAGAAGGCCCCGGCUGCGAGCCUGAGCCUGUCCAGUCAGGUACCUGGGCUAGGAGCCAUCCCGAACUGCAGCCUCAACCCUGGGAGGGAUGGAGACCUGUGUCAUUCUACAGCAGUGACCCCUUCUGGCCAAUUUAAGGAGAAGCAUUGAGGGGCCCUGAAAGGAGUCACUUCCAGUCCUCCUCAGAGGUUGGUGGUCCUUGCACGGGGGAUUAGUGAGAAGGUGUGAAAUGGGCAAAAGCUGGUGGCACCUCCAAGCUCCCAGCUCAGGAGCAGAGGUCAGCCUCAUGGGGGAACCAAGGGUAUGUGGGCUCCUCUCAGGUGGAUUCCUGGGCCCCCAGUGUGUCACAGAGGCUGGACAUGGGAAGGAAAGUCACUCUCACCACGGAAGUGGGAUUUCCAGGACAUGGGGGUGGGGACUUGCAUUUCACAUCCCCUAGCUAGCAGCAACCUGGAAUGGACAGCCUAUCUCCUCUUACUUUGUGUGACAAUAGCAAGCGGAGACAGCUGGGGAAGAGCAGCACUGUACUUCUGUAAAGGUGGGAAAGGAACCAAAGAGAAACCAAAUAGAGUUCAAAGAACUCUCUAAAUGGCCUCCAGCACCAUGUGCAUAGAAAGUCUAAAGUUCUUUUUAUUCGUUAGUCACCUGUCGGUCAACUAAACCACAUGCACUCAUGCACAGCACACAUGCACACGUGCAUGCGUGCACGUACAUGCACACACACACAGAGUUAUGCUUCUAAUUAAGAAUACUUUUAGAAGAACCACCAAAGCCAAUGUAGCAGUUCUCUGAAACACAGCGCAUUUACAAACACGUACACCUGGGCAUCUUUUCCAGCUUUUUCUGGUGUGUGGGGAUAAGGUGGGGUUCUCCACAUAUUACAAGCCUAUGCUAGAGCCCCCCCCUGGAGAUACUCAAACCACUACAUGCCUAUUGGUUUUUUUUCUUGCAUGGAUGUCAUUUUCUAAUGCAGAGAACACAUCUGCAGUGCUGGGGACUUUCCUUCUAAAGACACGCUGAAACCAGCCACUUCUUCCAUUUCCCCUCUGCUUCCCAGACCUCCUUUGCUUCUCCUUAUUCUUGCAGCUUCUCUCGAUGGCUUUGGAAUCACAGUACUAACACAGACCCACAUGGUUGGUUCUAUGGUCCUCUCCUGCCCGGCGACACGCAAUGCAUGUCCCCCACGUCUGUCCAUCCAAGUGUGUUCAUUAAUCCUCACGCUGAGCUCUGCCAAUCUUUCCCUUCCUGUCCUUUCUGCCACUUUUUUUGUUCUUCAUCAUAAUAAGUACAGCCUCCUAAUUGCCUUUACCUAAGUGUCACUCUUACCCUCGGACUGCCAUGAGUGAAAUGGUAGCCAGCCUCUGCUAAUUGAAUAAUGUUCACCUGUCUGUGCAGUGUCUACAUUCCAUUUAAAACCACAGGGCCCUUCUUCCCAGUCAGAAAGGCAGUGCCUAUUCUGCAUCUCAUCUUAAGAGUCCUCAUGAGUCUCCUUACAUGCCAGUGUCAACUUCUGGCUCAUCGUUGCCUAGCGAACACUCUUGGAAGCACCCAGUUCAGUAUCUGACCAGUACCCUUAGCAGUACCUCUAUUGCUGAGUACCAAGUUCACAUUUCAUGUAUUUACUUCACCUGGGCCAUUUCUCCUUU